CACAUCGACACAUUGGUCGGUGACAUCUUAUCGCCACAGUUUCCUGAGCGCAUGCAGUGUCUUCGAACACGAAGCCAUGCUAUGUUCACCUGCUACCCGGCAACUGAUGCAGAGCUGGCAGAUGCUGACGGGAAGUUGUGGCUCGGUCCGGUGGCCGACGGCAGCAGCGGCAAAGGCUCCCGAGGCUAUCUUCGUCACCUGGACAACGUGAGGGCUCAAGGUCAUUGCGGGCGGAUUCUUACCACCAUCCUCUAUUUGAACGAGGACUGGGGUUCAGACCUCGGAGGUUCGAUCCGCCUCUUUGAG